UUUUUCUCAAAUGAUAAUAAAGCUGACGGCACUAGCGAAUAUAUUAAAUAAUGUCAAGAACGUUUAAUCUGAUGACCUCGUUGGUCCCCUUAUUCAUUAAUUCUGCUUUUAGCAUUUCAGAAUCAAACUGUUUGGCAAAGCUGCAACAUGUCGUGGAACUUACGGUGCUGUAUAUUUGUUGGCCUGCUGUUUUUCUGCGUGGAUGCAUCAUCGUAUGGUAUUCAACAGCAACACCAAGAACAAGAACAACAGCAUGUUUCCAUCGAUGACAGUGAGGAUUUGGGACAGCAGAGGCUGAUUGAAAAGGACGUCGCUAACGAAGAUUUUCUCAGUACUUCAAUUUUCGGAGUUUUGAACGUGAUGCUUACUCAAGUGCAAGAAAUCAACCAAAAAGUUCAAAAAGUUUCGCCAUCCACACUGAACGCAUGCCCUGCUCAAGAAGGAAAGGAAAAGCUCACUACACUGACAGAGUCUGUCAAAUAUCUGUUAAAUAUCACGGAAAUUCUUAACAAUGAAGUUCGGGAGCUUAAGAGAGGCCAAGGAGAAGGAUGCAACAGGAAAUGCAGGAAUUCGCAAUUGGAGCCGACCAGCGAUUUGGCAAAACAAGUUGACUGCUUGAGGAGAGGGGCCAGCCUAGAAAUGAAAAGAUUAGUCUCGGGCACCUAUUACUACGACAAAGUAACCAAGGUGACAUGGAAUGAAGCCAGGAAUUUCUGCCGACAACACGGUCUUCAGUUGGCAACGGUGGACACCCUAGGCAAAGCAAAGGAAGUCUAUUCCGCCGGGACUGUAGCAAGUCACGGCUACUGGGUGGCCGCCAACGAUAUCAAUCAGUCGUCGGGAGACUACCGCUGGAUCCACAACGGCAGCAAAGUCCAUCAUGAAAUGUGGUGGAAGAGUCCCGCCUACCCCAAAGCCUUCAAGGUGGGACAGGAGACGUGCGUCCUCUUGUGGGGAAAUCUUCUCUGGGAUCACCCUUGCGGAAUCAAAGACCGCUAUGUCUUGUGCGAAAUGCCCAAGGAGUGCCACGACAUCUUGAAAUUCGCUUAGUUCAUUUAGAAACUGGGGGAAAACCGCGUAAUGCGUAUCCCGGUGUAAAAAUGCUACUUUUUAGCUAUUUAGGCUGAUUGUCAUUUCAUAGCAGUAGAUUCCCAACUGCGAGGGAUAGCAAUCUCUUGGUUUGUGCCAUUUGUAGCUUAUUUAAUUUUAUGGAAUUUAAGUAAAAUAAUUUAGAAUAAAAUUAACCAGUCAAA